AUGAGCCAUGAAAAUGAACUUACGAUGGUUUGCUUUGAUGUUAGGUUUGAGACAUUCAGUUUUAUUAACAUUGAUGGAGACAUGGUAAAAUUUAUCGACAGGCCUUUCUUUCUGUUAAGCUACAAGGGUAAAUUAGGUGUUACUGGAGGUAAUGCUAUUUACCGUCCUUAUUUUCAGUUGUGGGUUUUAGAGGAUGCCGAGAAACAUAAGUGGUCGAAGCAAGGCUUCAAAUUGCAAUGGCCCCAUCGACUGCUGGAUGAAGAGAGCCGUGUAUCCGUUGCUGGAAUGAUUGGUAGUGAAGACAUUGUCUUGUCCCCAACCCAUGCACGAGAUCCUUUCUUCAUCUAUUACUAUAAUCUCGAGAGGAAAAUGUUCACAAGAGUAAGAGUCCAAGUUCCAGGAGUUGAUGAGUCUAAGUUAUGUAGAGUUUACACAUUCCCAAACUUUGUUGAGGAAGAGGAGGUGAAGCUUAUUUAA